AUGCUCAAAACACUCCGUGGUCGGUCGUUGUAUCGGCUGAUGAAGAUUGUGAGCGGUCUGUCCUUCUGUAUGUACGGCUACGAUGCUGGCGUACUGGGAGGCAUGCUACUUCACCCGCCCUUCCAGGAGGCUAUGGGUAACCCUAAGAGUGUUUGGAUCUAUCCCAUGAUUAUUGCAUCGUACGAUCUUGCCGCAUUUGCCACAUCUAUUGUCAUUGCGUCCUUCACCAUGAAGAUUGGCCGACGUGGCACGGCAGUCAUGGGAAAUGCUGUCGCUGUUCUAGGCGCCGUCGUCCAGGCUUCUGCAUACGGCGUCCCUCAGAUGAUCGUCGGACGAUUACUGACCGGUUUCGCUAUUGGCUCUAUAUCCUGCUCUAUCCCGACGUACCUGAACGAAUGCGGCAGCAAGAUACACGAUCGUGGGCCUGCCAAUGCCCUUAACGCCAUGUUCCUCAUCGGUGGCGUGCCUCUUGCCUACUGGGUUGACUACGGCUUUGUUCACUGGUAUACACAAGCCAGUUGGCGCAUUCCGGUUGUCCUGCAGUGCUGUUUCGCCAUUCCAGCUGAUACUCCGCGCUGGUACUACGCACGUGGAAGGAUUGCAGAAGGCGAUGCAGCGCUGUCACGUCUUUACGACCAAGACCUCGACGCUGACUCUGUUCAAGCUACCAAAAGAAGCAUCAUGACGGCCAUCGAAAUCGAGACCGAGGCCAAUGAAACCAUUCGUUGGUAUCAGUUUCUCGGUAUGGGUUUCGUUGAUCACACCCGUCUCAGGAUCAUCCGGCGCCUGGUUAUGUGUUUCUGGUUACCUAUGCUCGGCGAGUGGAUGGGUAUUAGCCUGCUCGCCUACUUUACACCCGUCAUACUUCAGAACAUCGGGUUGUCAUCGAAUCUUAUCUCUGUCCUGUCCGGUGUGGUAACUACGACAUUCUUCUUGGGAACCAUUCCCCUAUACUGGACCGUUGAGAGGUUUGGCCGCAGAGGCACCAUGCUAUACUCAGCUAUUGCCUCUACCAUCCUAUACAUCAUCUUCAUUGGCAUGGUCGGCAAAGGUGGUGAUACUGAGAGCUGGGUUGCCAUAGGUCUUCUAUUUUUCAUCUGCCCAAUCAUGACAUACGGGUGGCAGGCGAAUAAGUUCCUGUACAGCAGCGAGAUCUCGCCCCUGGAGUAUCGACAUAUCGGAGGAGCCUUUUUUGCCAGUGGCGAGUGGCUAAUGGUCUUCAUCACCGUCUUUGCUUGUCCCAUUGGCUUUCAGACCGUUGGCUGGACCUUCUGGUUCCUGAUCUUAGCUGGGAACAUCUGCGCGGUUGUAUUUGUGUACUUUCUGUGUCCUGAGACAGCAGGAAGAACGCUUGAACAGAUUGAUUAUCUCUUCAUCGACUCUGGACUCCCAGGUCUACGCCGCAACAGUCUUGCGGAUAUUGAGGAGGCUGAACGCAAGAUGUCUGCAUCCCAUGUGGAGACUGCAAGAUCGAUCGCCGAGACGAAAGGAUAG